CCAAUCCCCCCCCCCAAAACCUGCUAUCGAUCCUCUGCGCAUCCCGCCAUUACGCCGGGCGUCAGGAUUUGGUUCUACUCGCCAUUUUGCUUCAUUCUACGGUCGCCGGGUGAUCUCAUAACAAUCCCGAGUUUAGCAGCAUUUUCGAGGCCGGGGACGCCAUCAGCGCCGACAAGCAAGCUCCUUACCGUCAAGGCGGCAGCCCACUCGUUGUCGCGGGUGUGUUCGUCAAAGACGCCCGGUCGGUCCCAACGCCCACUUUCCCAUUGCAUCACAUCCCGCACCGCACCCACACGCGAUCCCAGCCGCCCAGCCCCAGUCAGCACCUGCCCAAAACAACAUCAGCUUUGAACUCUGCCGAAACAAAGACGCCGACCCUCGGAUUUCCUGCGACAGUCGCGCCCUCUCCCUCUUUCCACGGUCGCCCACCAUGGCUGACGCGACGAACCCCAACGAUGAGCUCUACCCCAUCGCCGUGCUGAUCGACGAAUUGAAGCACGACGAUGUCCUGCUCCGACUCAAUGCCAUCCACCGCCUCUCGACCAUUGCCCUUGCCCUGGGCGCCGAGCGCACUCGCGAUGAGCUGAUCCCCUUUCUUGAUGAGUCCGUCGAGGAUGAGGACGAAGUUCUCGUUGCCCUGAGCGAGGAGCUCGGGAGCUUCAUCGAGUAUGUCGGCGGUCCUCAGUGGGGCCAUGUGUUGCUCUCCCCACUCGAGAACCUCGCGGCCAUCGAGGAGCCCGUCGUCCGGGACAAGGCUGUCGAGUCGCUGAACAAGAUCUGCGGCGAGCUCUCGACCCAACAAAUCGAGGAAUACUUCAUCCCCCUCACCAUCCGCCUCUCCAAGGCCGACUGGUUCACCUCCAGGGUCUCGGGAUGCGGGCUCUACACGGCUCCCUAUUCCAAGAUCUCGCCUCCCGUCCAGGCACAACUCCGGCAGCAGUUUGGCCAGCUGGUCCACGAUGACACGCCCAUGGUCCGCCGCCAGGCUGCUACCAACUUGGCCAAGUUCGUGAAGGAGAUGCCCGCCGCGAUCGUUGUGGAGGAGAUGAUACCCAUGUUUCAGCACCUCGUUCAGGACGACCAGGAUAGCGUCCGGCUGCUCACGGUCGAGGUCCUGAUUUCGAUUGCAGAAGUCGUUCCCAAGGAGCAACAGGCGAGCCACGGCGUGCUCCUCACCUCACUGCGCGGCUUGAUAGACGAUAAGAGCUGGAGGGUCCGGUACAUGAUUGCCGACCGAUUCGAGAAGAUCGCCAAGGCAGUAGAUGAGGAGGUGGUCGCCCGCGACUUGGUCCCCGCCUUUGUCAAGCUGCUCAAGGACAACGAGGCCGAGGUCAGGACCGCUAUUGCCGGCCAGAUCCCCGGCUUCUGCGCCCUGGUCGACCGGAACACCCUCCUCAGCGACAUAAUGGGCACUGUGGAAAACCUGGUGUCGGACAGCUCGCAGCACGUGCGCGCGGCCCUCGGAACACAGAUCAGCGGUCUGGCUCCGAUCCUGGGCAAGCAAGAGACCAUCGAUCACCUCUUGCCCAUGUUCCUCCAGAUGCUCAAAGAUGAGUAUCCCGAGGUGCGCCUGCACAUCAUCUCGAAGCUGGAGCUGGUAAAUCAGGUGAUUGGCAUCGACCUGCUGGCGCAAUCUCUUCUGCCUGCCAUCGUCCAGCUCGCCGAGGACAAGCAAUGGCGCGUGCGGCUCGCAAUCAUCGGCCACAUGCCACUGCUCGCCAGCCAGCUCGGCAUACAAUUUUUCGAUGAUAAGCUCAGUCAAUUGUGCAUGGGGUGGCUCGGCGACACCGUUUUCUCCAUCCGCGAGGCGGCAACACACAACCUCAAGAAGCUCACCGAAGUGUUUGGUGUCGAGUGGGCGAGCGAGGCCAUCAUCCCCAAGGUUAUGGCAAUGGGAGCGCAUCCCAACUACCUCUACAGGAUGACAACGUGCUUCGCGAUCUCGACACUUUCCACCGUCGUGACCAUGGACGUGAUCGCUAAGUCGAUCCUUCCCAUGCUGGAAAAACUCACAAACGACGAGAUUCCCAACAUUCGGUUCAACGUCGCGAAGACGUACUCGGCCCUGAUCUCGGCCCUGCGCCGCCUGCCGGACGAGGGCACCAUCUACACGCUGGAGCAGGCCAAGACGCCCUUCAGCCCAUCGCCGAGGGGCCAGCAGCUGAUUGACGAGCGGAUCAUGCCCAGCCUGGAGAAGCUCCAGAAGGAUGACGACGUGGAUGUGCGGUAUUUUGCGACCAUGGCGGCGAAUGCGGCGACGGGAGCUGCUGGGCCUGCUGGCGAGCCUAUGAACACAUCACCAUAGACGAGAGAAGUUAUAACGAAGCAAUUCCGUUCCUGCGUUGCUUGCCGCGCUUGCGAUCUCAAGCCCAGGACCUUGCCUGUUUCUCUGUUAAGAAAAAGAAAAGAAAACAACGAUCCGAGUCAUUUCUUCAUUCGGGUGUAGGGCUAAAUGAUGCUUUGCGUACUGCAGCGCAUGGAAGGUAGUGGAUCAACGUUGAUAGACCUGCAUCGGGCAUUCUGGCCGGCAUGUUGGGUGCUGAUGUAUGCCCAGGGGCCCCCAAGAAGAUUAAGGAAUAAGGUUCGCAAGGC